UUUCGUACAAGUUUAAUUAGUUUCAUUUUUUUUUUUAACGGUUGAGACCGUUAAUUAAGUCAUCCAAGGCUUCGUAGCUUAAACUUUUUUUCUUCUCUUAUCUGGGGCUAGGAUAACACUCAAUUUUUAGUUACAGAAAGCCUUUUGACUUUUGGUAUACUUACCAAAUUUUCGUUGCUCUCUCUUUUUCUCCGUGAUCAUUUGGUAAAGGGUUCUGUUUUCAUUGGUUAUUGUGACUUUAGCUGGCAGAGGGUGUAUCUUAGGUUUCUUGAUUGUGAUGGAAGACACAGGGCUUCAGAUAUUUUGUUUCUGACAAAGAACAGAAGAGAAGUUGGAAAACAUUCAGUUUCCUCGUUUUCUGUAGACAGCUGGUGCAAUUUAAGUUCUAUGUGUUCGGUUUGAAGUAGCUGUAAAUUGGAUUGAGAUCUUGGACUUGGUAAAAUGGCCACCACAUCAAAUGGAGACGCAGAAGCAGAGAAGAGCUCCAACAUUGAUGGGGAGGAGAAAACCCAGACAGUUCCACUUCUCAAGCUUUUCUCAUUUGCAGAUUCCACUGAUGUUGCAUUGAUGAUUGUUGGCACCGUUGGAGCAAUUGCAAGUGGGUUAGGAAUGCCCCUUAUGACAAUAUUGUUUGGCCAAAUGAUCAAUAGCUUUGGCAACAACCAGAGUAGCAACACAGAUAUUGUUAGUAUAAUUUCCAAGGUCUCUCUAAAAUUUGUCUACUUGGCAGUGGGGAUUGGCUGUGCAGCAUUACUCCAGGUGACAUGCUGGAUGGUCACGGGAGCAAGACAGGCUGCACGAAUAAGGGGUUUGUAUUUGAAGACUAUAUUGAGACAAGAUGUUUCUUUCUUUGAUAAGGAAACUAACACUGGUGAGGUUAUUGGGAGAAUGUCUGGUGACACUGUUCUCAUACAAGAUGCCAUGGGUGAGAAGGUUGGGAAAUUUAUACAGCUGAUAUCAACCUUCUUCGGGGGCUUUAUAAUAGCAUUUGUCAGAGGCUGGCUUCUUACCAUUGUCUUGUGUUCUGCUAUUCCUCUUCUUGUUAUGGCUGGUGCUUUUGUUGCCAUGAUAAUAUCCAAAAUGGCAUCCCGUGGACAAAGUGCUUAUGGAAAAGCAGCAAAUGUAGUUGAACAAACAAUUGGUUCAAUCAAAACAGUUGCAUCCUUUACAGGAGAGAAGCAAGCUAUAACAAAUUACAAAAAGUUUCUUGUAGAUGCUUAUAAAUCUGGUGUUCAUGAAGGCUUAGCUGCUGGAAUAGGUUUUGGCACGGUUAUGUUAGUUGUGUUUUGCACCUAUUCUUUGGCUGUGUAUUUCGGUACAAAGUUGACACUAGAGGAAAAACACACAUACUCUGGAGGUCAAGUGAUGAACGUGAUUAUUGCUGUCUUAACUGCUUCCAUGUCCCUAGGGCAGGCAUCUCCCUGCCUCAGUGCAUUUGCUGCUGGACGAGCUGCAGCCUUUAAGAUGUUUGAGACUAUUGAGAGGAAGCCAAAGAUAGAUGCUUUUGAAAAAAGUGGAAAAGUAUUGGAUGACAUUCAUGGAGAUAUAGAAUUGAGGGAUGUUUAUUUCAGCUAUCCAACCAGACCGGAUGAGCAAAUAUUUAAUGGUUUUUCACUUAAUAUCGCUAGUGGCACAACUGCAGCAUUAGUGGGAGAAAGUGGGAGUGGGAAAUCAACAGUAAUCAGUCUUAUAGAGAGAUUCUAUGAUCCACAAGUUGGGGAAGUUCUUAUAGAUAACAUUAACAUUAAAGAGUUUCAGCUUAAGUGGAUUAGGGGAAAGAUUGGUCUUGUCAGUCAGGAACCUGUGUUGUUUGCCUCUAGCAUUAAGGCUAACAUUGCAUAUGGAAAGGAUGGUGCAACUAUUGAAGAGAUAAGAGCAGCAACUGAACUUGCAAAUGCUGCCAAAUUCAUAGAUAAAUUGCCACAGGGACUAGAUACCAUGGUUGGUGAGCAUGGAACGCAGAUGUCUGGUGGACAAAAGCAGAGGAUUGCAAUAGCAAGAGCAAUUCUGAAAGACCCACGAAUUUUACUUCUGGACGAAGCAACAAGUGCACUUGAUGCAGAAUCAGAGAAAAUAGUGCAAGAGGCAUUGGACAGGAUUAUGGUUAACAGAACAACUGUCAUUGUUGCCCAUCGUUUGAGCACAGUGAGGAAUGCUGAUAUGAUUGCAGUUAUUCACAGAGGAAAGAUGGUUGAAAAAGGCUCACACUCAGAAUUACUCAAGGAUCCUGAUGGAGCAUACUCUCAGCUUAUACGCUUGCAAGAUGUAAAAAAGGAGUCGAAGCAAGCUACAGAUGAUCAAAACAAGUCUGAAAUAACUAUGGAAUCUUUUAGACAGUCAAGUCUUAGGCAGUCAAGUCGAAAAUCAUCAAUCCUUCAAUCAAUAAGCCGAGGAUCAUCUGGAAGGGGAAACAGUAGCCACCACUCAUUCUCAGUUGCUUUUGGUAUUCCCGCAAGACUUGAUGUGACUGACACUGCAUUGGAAGAUCUAGAUAACCCUCCAGAAGCCAAAAAAAAAUCUCCAGAGGUCUCGAUUCGCCGCCUUGCCUAUCUCAAUAAGCCAGAGAUUCCAGUGCUUUUAGGUGGAACAAUAGCUGCAAUCAUCAGUGGAGUAAUACUUCCAAUUUUCGGUUUGCUAGUUUCCAGUGUAAUCAAAACGUUCUUUGAACCACCUCAUGAACGAAAAAAGGAUGCAAAGUUUUGGUCACUAAUGUUUUUAGUCCUUGGUGCAGUAUCAUUUUUGUCAGCUCCAGCACGAUCAUACCUAUUUUCUGUGGCUGGAUGUAAGUUAAUAGAACGUAUCAGAUUAAUGUGUUUUGAAAAGGUGGUUCAUAAGGAGAUUGGUUGGUUUGAUGAGCCUGAGAACUCAAGUGGUGCAAUUGGUGCAAGGCUCUCAGCAGAUGCAGCAACAGUGCGCGCCCUAGUUGGCGAUGCACUAGGUCAAAUUGUCCAAAGUAUUGCAUCAGUAGUUGCAGGUUUAGUCAUUGCUUUUGAUGCAAGUUGGCAGCUUGCAUUUAUUGUCCUUGCAUUGGUUCCUCUGAUUGGAGUCAAUGGAUAUGUUCAACGACAGUCUAUGAGAGGAUUCAGUGCAGAUGCAAAGGCAAUGUAUGAGGAUGCAAGCCAAAUAGCUAAUGAUGCAGUUGGGAGUAUAAGAACUGUUGCUUCUUUCUGUGCUGAAGAGAAGGUAAUGCAACUAUAUGAAGAGAAAUGUGAAGGGCCUAGGAAGGCAGGCAUAAAGGAGGGCUUGAUCAGUGGAAUAGGAUUUGGGGCAUCUUCCUUCCUAUUGUUUAGCGUCUAUGCAACCAGCUUCUAUGCAGGAGCUCAACUCAUUAAACAUGGCCAAACAUCAUUCUCAGCUGUUUUUCGAGUUUUCUUUGCUUUGACCAUGGCAGCUACUGCAGUUACUCAAUCAAGCUCCUUUUCCACCGAUACUCAAAAGGCCAAAACUGCUUCUGCUUCCAUAUUUGCAAUAUUAGACAGUAAGUCAAAGAUAGACCCAAGUGAUGAGUCUGGGACAACAUUAGAUAAUGUCAAGGGAGAAAUUGAGCUUCAUCAUGUGAGCUUUAAAUAUCCAUCUAGGCCAGAUAUUCAGAUUUUCAGAGACCUCAACUUAGUUAUUCCUGCAGGCAAGACUGUUGCCCUGGUUGGAGAAAGUGGGAGUGGUAAAUCCACAGUGAUAGCAUUAUUGGAAAGAUUUUAUGAUCCUGAUUCAGGUCAUAUUACACUUGAUAAAACUGAAAUUAAUAAGCUCCAAUUGAAGUGGCUGAGGCAGCAAAUGGGGCUUGUGAGCCAAGAACCAGUUCUAUUUAAUGACACAAUCCGUGCUAACAUUGCAUAUGGAAAGGGAGGAGAUGGAGGAGAUGCAACUGAGGCAGAGAUUAUAGCUGCCGCAGAAUUGGCCAAUGCCCACAGGUUCAUUAGUGGAUUAAACCAGGGUUAUGAUACUGUAGUUGGAGAACGAGGAAUCCAAUUAUCUGGCGGACAGAAGCAGCGCAUAGCCAUUGCACGUGCUAUAAUUAAAAAUCCAAAAAUAUUGCUAUUAGAUGAGGCUACCAGUGCACUCGAUGCUGAGUCUGAAAGAGUAGUGCAAGAUGCAUUAGACCGAGUCAUAGUAAGCAGGACUACAGUUGUGGUGGCUCAUAGAUUGUCCACAAUAAGAAAUGCAGAUCUGAUUGCAGUGGUUAAGAAUGGAGUUAUCGUGGAGAAAGGAAAGCAUGGGACUUUGAUUAAUAUACAGGAUGGAUUUUAUGCCUCCUUAGUUGCGCUUCACACAAGUGCAUCAACUGUUUGAGUUUCUUAACCCCUUUUCCAUGUUCAAAAUCUAGUUAAGGGUUUAUUGUAAUCUAUUUUCUUGUGUAUGCAUAAGAAAAAAAAAGUUCCCUUGUGAGAGACAACAUAACCACUGUGUUGACUCUGUAGUUUUCACUAUAUCCCACCAUCCUUGCAAGCAUAAGUAUAGCCCUCAUCCAUAUGCGCAGUUGCGCAGACUCACCUACCUUAAGCUACAUUAUAGAAUUAUUGCUUAUAGUAAGAAAGUUGAAUCCAACACUAAGUGUGACCGUGUGAGCAAUCUGCAUAAAUCAUCCAGCAGGGUUCAAAUCACCUCACCCCAACUAUUGAUGUAUCAAACAAAAUAUUUCAACAAUUUUCCUUAUAAAAAAUUGUAAUCUCUAGUAUUCUAUUUUAUAAUCAAAGAUUCAAAAUAGAAAGACAGUGGUGUAUUGAUUUUUUCAUAUUAUAUGCGUUUACAAACUUGAAAUUGUAUGAUAUAAUGACUAAUAAAGAUGCACAUGUUUAGGGCAGCACUACAAGUACUUAUAGGGGUUCAAAUGAACCCCGACUUAAUAUAUAUAUAUAUCCUUUUACCAGUUUAAUUUACCCUCAAAAAUAUUUUGCACACCCUGAUCACAAAUUAGUUCAACCCAAAACCAAGCAACAUCACAAAUUAGUCUUAUCCCAAAACCACACAAAUCACUCUCCCCUCGUAAUCCCAUCUCAUCUCUUUUCUCUAUUUAACUAUCUUGCUAUCACCAACUCUAAGAGUAAAGAUUAAGUGUUUGUGAAUUGUGAAUGUCUUUCUCUUUAUUAUAAAUUUUUAUAAUAUAUAUGUAUGUGUGCACACACAUAUGUGUGAGUGCGUGGCUAAUACUGAUUGUGUACUUUAU